AAGGUACAACCAAAAUACGCGAUGUUUCUUACAAUCCUGACGAUUAUUUUAUCGGUGUUGAUUUCGGCGGUUUUACUUCCGCUCUACAUAAUUCCAUUAUUUGUGAGAACGGUGAUGAGAUUGAUCAUCAAAGCAAGAUUCGGUUGGUCAGCAGACCUUGUUGCUGGACAUGAUUCUGCUGCAUUAGUGCGACCUCUGCGAAAUAGUAGUGCAAUCAUUGGAAGCAUUUUCGAAGUAGAUGGCAUCAUGGCAUUCGAACAAGUUGAUGAACAAAUUAGGACCAUCGUCGAAAUGAAAAAUCAAGACGGAACAUGGGUUCACAACAAACUGCGCAUGACCUGCUUUCAGUUCGCCGGCUUUAUGGCCAUGAAGCCGUGCACAAAUUUCGAUCGUCGAAACCACGUCGUUAAUUUCGAAGACAAAUUUGGGAAAGCUAAAAUUUGCCACUCGAAAGAAGAAGUUGAAGACGUUCUGGAGUACAUUUGCAAUGACGAAGUGCAUCCGGGUUUUCCGGAAAGACCCCUUUGGAAAUUUUACAUAUUCCACUCGGAUUUUUGCAAAGAUGACGGAGAAGAACGAGCGAAGAUUGUUUCGUACCUCUUCCUAUACAGUGAUCACAUCAUCGCAGAUGGAGGUGGUCUCAUGAAAAAUGUUUUUUCCAAGUUCUGCGAUUUUCGCAGCGAAGAUGACUUGACUGGGGCGACUUUGUUCAAGAACACGCCGCAAGUAACUGGGAGAGACAGAACCAUUGCCCAGUUUCUUGGACUUUUUGUCACUCCCUUGGCAAUGUGGAGGGCUUACUUUCCUGGGAAAUAUUGGCGUGACAAAAAUCCACUGCACAAUGGACGAGGGAAACAAAAAGGGAGGUACGUUCUCCUAUCAAAGAGCUUUCCAUUGAUGAAAUUCGAAGAGAUCAGAAAGAAACCCCGAGGAACCUUUGGCACCAUCAUGUUCUGCUGCGUGUUCAGAGCUUUAUUCCGACUGUGUGAACAAAUGGCUGAUGAGAGCAAAAGACCCGUGAAUUCCAACGGACCUAACUGUCAAAAGUUGCCCAAAAUAUCUGCAAAGGAAUGGCAGUUCACGACGACUGUGGGCCACAGUAUGUGGGUUCCAGACGACGAAUUCGAAUUCCGGAAUAGAGUUUCCGCAUCAUUCCAGUCCUGCACUGGUGAAGAUAUCUGUGGGAAGAGCCCCUUGGAAACGCUGAAAAUUUUGAAACCCAGAAUCGAAAUCCCGCUGAGGAAACAUUGUGCAGCGUCACUCGGGCUGUUCAUGAGCAUUUGGAAUAAUUCAUUGCCCAGGGUUUUGUACGAUUUGUUUCCAACGCCGAUGGACGGAGUGACUGCUGCAUUGUCUAUUCUCUAUGGACCAGCACAUCAAUUGCACUUUGGUGGCAAUCCCAUUUCGCGCAUUGCUGCAUAUAUCAGUCUCGGCAGUGAAACAGGCGAGUCGUUU